AUGAUGAUUAAGAUCACGUCCAUCAUUGCCGCCUUUGCGGCUGUUGCUGUUGCUGACCCCACUGUCGGCUACGCUGCCUACUUCUUUGCCGGCUGUAACACAACUAGCAUUGACGCUGCCAAUGCCUAUGCCGGUUCCUGCGUCAACGUUGAGAACUUCCCCGUCAAGUCUUUCACUGCCUAUGUCGAGUCUGGUGCAUGCGCUGACGGUACCACCGCUGUUCUCAGCACUUACACUGCCUCUGGUUGCGAUGAUACCACUCUGUAUGAGACUGUCGACGUUGACAGCGACAAGCAAUGCUUUGAGAUUGAUACUACACUUGUUAGCCUCAAGACCGAGUGUGUUUAA